GGCGUCGCGGCGGCGCCUGUGAAGGAAGCUCGGUGGCUGUGGCCGCUGCGAGCAGGCCGGGCACCUCCUCACUGACCAGGGUUCCCUAGAAUUGGCGAAGGCGGGGUCGCAGGCUGAGUUGCCGCAGUAUCUCGACCCCUGGUGCGGCAGGUGCGGGCAGCGAGGGACGUAGCUUCAUCAAGAUCUCAUUAUGCAUCAGAAAAAUGAAAAAACAGAAGAAAAUUCUAUGGAGGAAAGGAAUUCAUUUAGCCUUUUCUGAGAAAUGGAAUACAGGGUUUGGAGGUUUUAAGAAGUUCUGCUUUCACCAACACUUAUGCAUUCUGAAAGCCAAAUUGGGAAGGCCAAGUACUUGGAGCAGGCAGUUGAGGCAUUUCCGUUGCAGAAAGAAGGCCCUUCAAAUCCAGAAAACGUGGAUCCAGGAUGCACCUUUUUUUGCUAAGACAAAGUCCCAUGUGGCUGCUCAAAAUGUUAGUACUUUGUCCUCGAAAGUGAAAAGAAAAGACUCUAAACACUUCAUUUUCUCCUCAAGGACCCUUUUAAGACUCCAAGCAGAGAGGCUGCUGUCCUCAGCAAAGAACUCUGACCAUGAAUACUGUGGAGAGAAAAGUGUCUUGAAGGCAGUUGCUGACUUACCAGGAAAUAAUGUUUUAGGUCAGGCCAAUGGUCACAGACCUAGGACGGAGCCACAAGCUUCUGACUUUCCUAUGAAGUUCAAUGGGGAGAGCCAAAGUCCAGGUGAGAGUGGCACAAUUGUGGUCACCUUGAGCAACCAUAAGAGAAAGCGCUUUUGUUAUGGCUGCUGCCAAGGUCUGGAGCACCACAGGAAUGGGGGACCCCUGAUUCCAAAAAAGUUUCAACUUAACCAACAUAGAAGAAUAAAAGUAUCUCCUUUUAUGAUGUAUGAGAAAUUAUCCAUGAUUAGAUUUCGGUACAGGAUUCUCAGAUCCCAGCACUUCAGAACAAAAAGCAAAGUUUGCAAGCUAAAAAAAGCCCAGCGAAGCUGGGUGCAGGUCACUGGGGACCAUCAAGAAACCCUUAGGGAGAACGGUGAGGGUGGCAGUUGCAGCCCAUUCCCUUCCCCAGAACCUAAAGACCCUUCUUGUCGGCAUCAACCAUACUUUCCAGAUAUGGACAGCAAUGCUGUGGUGAAGGGAAAGAACUCUCAUGUGCCUGAUGGCCACACUAAAGGAAGCCCUUUCUUGGGCAAGGAGCUUCGUUUAGAUGAAGCAUUCCCUGACCAACAGAAUGGCACUGCCACAUAUGCCUGGGACCAGUCACCCUGUUCCUCUCCUAAGUGGGAGUGUACAGAGCUGAUUCAUGACCUUCCCUUACCAGAACAUCAUUCUAGUAACGUGUUUAUCUCGGAAGCCGAAAGAGAAGUCAUGACUCUGGGUCAGGAAAAUCGGACAAGUACUGUCAGUGAUGACAGAGUAAAACUGUCAGUGUGUGAGGCAGAUCAAUCUGUGAGUAGAGUAGAUGGACCUGUGUCUGAAAAGCCUGUUCAGAAUGAGAGCUCAUGCCAGAUGGAUGAGGAUGGAUCUCUCAAGCAGAACAUUCUUAGUUCUAAGCUGCUGGACCACCCUUACUGUAAAAGUCCACUGGAGGCUCCCCUGACAUGCAGUGGACUCAAACUAGAAAAUCAAGCAGGAAGUGGGAAGAACAGUCAGAAAGCCUCUCCAGUGGAUGAUGAGCAGCUGUCAAUCUGCCUUUCUGGAUUCCUAGAUGAGGUUAUGAAGAAGUAUGGCAGUUUGGUCCCACUCAGUGAAAAAGAUGUCCUUGGAAGACUAAAAGACGUCUUUAAUGAAGACUUUUCUAAUAGAAAACCAUUUAUCAAUAGAGAAAUAACAAACUAUCGGGCCAGACAUCAAAAAUGCAACUUCCGCAUCUUCUAUAAUAAGCACAUGCUAGAUAUGGAUGAUCUGGCAACUCUGGAUGGUCAGAAUUGGUUGAAUGACCAGGUCAUUAAUAUGUAUGGUGAGCUGAUAAUGGAUGCAGUCCCAGACAAAGUUCACUUCUUCAACAGCUUUUUUCACAGACAGCUGGUAACCAAAGGAUAUAAUGGAGUAAAAAGAUGGACUAAAAAGGUGGAUUUGUUUAAAAAGAGUCUUCUGUUGAUUCCUAUUCACCUGGAAGUCCACUGGUCUCUCAUUACCGUGACACUCUCUAAUCGAAUUAUUUCAUUUUAUGAUUCCCAAGGCAUUCAUUUUAAGUUUUGUGUAGAGAAUAUAAGAAAGUAUUUGCUGACUGAAGCCAGAGAAAAAAAUAGACCUGAAUUUCUUCAGGGUUGGCAGACUGCUGUUACAAAGUGUAUUCCACAACAGAAAAAUGACAGUGACUGUGGAGUCUUUGUGCUCCAGGUAAAGAUACCUCUUUUUCCAGAAUUUAGGAUGUGUGAGUUAAAAUUUGUUGGGCUUAAGACAGAUGGGAGCCCCUGUGGUAUGUACCUGGCACUAGGAACAGGUAACAGUAUUUCCUCCUUCCCUUCCUUUGUUGCUGGGGAGCUAUAGAUUCUGCACUUUCAGAUGCGUUAUCUUUAGAAGCACCACCUUCUAAAGCCAAGAAUUAACAACAGGUAUCCACCUCUUAACAGAGGUUAUUAGUAAGGCACACUGGAAACUGACCUCAAUCUGUAUUGUAGACCCUUGGCAUUUGCAGAACUAACUAUAUUUUUUUUUUUAGCCAUUGGCAAGUGGUCUUUAACCAGAGUAAAAACUACAUUUUAAAUAAGGGCCACAUUGAAAAACUGCUUUCUUCUGCUGUGAGUUCCUUAGUGAUCUUUAGGAGCUACUGAGAAUUUUGUUAAACAUUUUAUUUACAAAGGAAAUUGUAUAUAAUUCAUGAGCUUAGAGAUCUGCAAGGAUCAUGAAAGAUGGGCUCAUUCCUCUGACUCAUGAAUGUCUUGGGUUUGAAAACAAACUGAGGUUCUCACUUAAAGACUAUGUUAGGUCUAGCUGCUGUCUCUGCACAUUACACCUUUAGAAGAAUUGGAGCCUCUUUUAUCAGUUUCUGCUUCUUACAGUAUUGUGUGGCCAAAGGGGAGUCCCCAAGUGAGAUACUUACCAGGGAAGGUGACUCUAAUUUGGAGGUAAAUGUUUUAAAAGCAAUGUGUUUUACAUCCAAACUUUAAAACGCUGCCUUAGACCCUAUUCUAUUAGGUCUAUAUCUGGGGAAAUACACUGGGCUGCUUCCUAGCUCCACAUGCCACUUAAGUGUUUCUGCGACCUUUGCAGUACUGCAAGUGCCUCGCCUUAGAGCAGCCUUUCCAGUUUUCCCAAGAGGACAUGCCCCGAGUGCGGAAGAGGAUUUACAAGGAGCUGUGUGAGUGCCGGCUCAUGGACUGAAACUCAGCAGGGACUCUGGGAGGUCUGACCAAGUUGAAGCAGAUGGUUUGUUACUUGAAUCUCCAAACACUUAGUUGAAUUUUUACAGAUAUUUCAGUUCAGUGGUGUUGGGCCACUAUUGUUACCUCAAAUUUGUUUUUUUGCCCUAUUCAUUUCUCUAGCUACCGUGUACGAUUUUUUAAUGUUCAGUUUGGUUUCAUUUUUAAUUUUAUGGAUUCCGUGUGUUUCCCCCCCAUAUUUAAUAUUUAUUAUCCAAACGCAUGCAUAUAGACAGAGCAUGCAGUGCAGAGUAUUAAAAAAAAGAAAAAAAAAAAGCCUAGUAGAUUUGGUGCGGCUUUUGAAACUUAGUUAGACAUGAACUGAAUACAGGUUUAAAAUUUAAUCCCAGAACCUAAAAGUGCAGGAUGUUUUUAAUUCAACGUAACUCUGAGAAUGAUAGUUGUUCCCUGGGGUGUAAAGGGUAGCUAGGUGUGGUGGUUUUGACAAAGACAGUCCUUUUACCUGCUGCACCUUUCACUGACUUCCCUCUCCCAAGUGAGUCUUGCCGAGUGAAUUGCAUUCCUUUUGAAGGGUGAGAAGUGGCCAAAACCUGACUGGUGUGUUCUGUUUAGAGAGGCACAUGUAAAGCACAGUGCCUACUUCGGGAGGAGUUGGUUGAGGUGGGAGGAAAAGACAACUUUGGAUGUCCAGUUAAGACAUGAGAAAUUUCAAUCUUGGCUUUAAGAACUGUAACAAAAAGGCCUAAGUCUUAUGAAGGCUUUGGCUGGAAUACUGAAUUCUCUGGAUUUUUGGUUUUGGCCCAUUAAAAAUGUUAAUAUCCAUUAAACUAGUGGUCAAACACAUGAGAAUUCAGCCUUUCUGAGUACAAGCUGUUAUCCUUGUGUGGUCUCCCAUAUGGAAGAAAUUAAGAUUUGCCAAACACCUUUUUUUCCCCAAAGGUGUUUAAAAUCUAAAUCUUCAAAACUAAAGACUGACCAGGUCUUUUGCAGAUGGGUAGGGAGGAGAGAAGAGGAAGGGUAACAAGACUGGACUGCAGAGGAGCACAGCAGAUAAUGUGUUUUGCUCUUCCCUCUGGUCAUCUCAGCAGCAUGCAGGGCUCCUCAUCUGGCCUCCCUGACCACCCUGAGACUCCAGCGCUGGGGUCUUUUUUUCACUUCUAUCAGCCUUGCCUACUGGGGGAAAGCAGAAGUGACCCUGUCCUUAUGCUUAGCUGCAGUAGGAUUAAAGUAAUGGAUCUUGCAUCUUUAUUCUAGCCUUUUGUGAUACUUGAAAGGAAAGGGAAUCUGGAAAGAUGCAUGUUAAAUUACCCAAUUAUCUUUUCUGAACUGGGGCAGAAAAAAACACAAAGGUGUAUGUAAGAGUCUCAGAAGUUUACACAGAAUACCAAGUAAAUGACAGAAGAUACUUGGCAUUAUGCCUGUUUAGGUGUGACUAUUGAAAUAAGCAGAUGAAACAUGCAGUUUAAACUUGGCCAGAAGGUGAGGUUGCCAGCAGUCGAGGGUAGAGUCCAAACAUGUUUACACGCAGGGUUCCCACUCCGACAUUCCAAGCACCAACACCAAUGUUUACAUUGUAAAGAGCCCCAGUACUCUCCAGAGCCCUCUGGACUUACUGUAAAACCAGCUCAGUAUUUCUUACUGCAAUCAGAGGCACUUUAUGCUGCUACAGUUAGGGUUAUGUCAUCAUUAAGAGGACAGCUUAAGCAGGGACAAUAUCUUGAGGUUUUCCAACGUAAUUACCCAAACGUGAAGUUUUUUCAGAUCUGCAUGUAAGAUAUUUGCCUAACUUUUGGGGGGCAGGGAGGUAGUUAUACAAAGUAGCCAGUAUAACUAGGCUGUGGACUCCCACUAUCUUAAACUUCAGAGCUCCCGCUCACCUCCUCACUGACAGAACCAGGUAUGUAGAAGAGACACCAAAACUGAGUCCUGAAUCUUCAUGUCCCAAACUUGAAUUGCCGUUUCCUACAGUCUGAGAAAUGGUCACCCUUCUGGGUGCUGAGGCAGGGGUGCACAUAGGUAACUAAAGUGAACUGUCCAAGGCUAGCUUCCCUUUUACUUCCACUUUAAGAAGGUGCCUUGAGGUGCACUGUCCAGCAUGCUUUUGCCUAAAUGUCAGAUACUUUAAGAAUGUGGUUCAAAAUGUUUCUCUGUUGGUGGAACUUGGUUUAAGCACACAUAGUUGCUUUUUCCCCCUACUCAUGAUUAGGUGUGAACCUCUAUUUAGCCCUAGCCCCGUAUCAGAAGGGCCUUUGUCCUGAUGUUUGCAAUAAAUUCUUCCUUGCAACAAAGACGUUUUUGAAAUGUAGUCUGGACUGCUGGUGGAAGAGGCAGGCAUUGUUUUAUUGUCACUAGCUUGGCACUGAAUUGUUUGGGUGCCCACAAGGUGGGCAGCCCUUAUGCUUUUGGGGUUGAGUGCAGGCCUUGUACAAACUAAAAGCUGCUUACGAUGUGCCUUCAAGCUGUGCCCAGUCCUGUCCAUCAACAAACUUACUAUAAUUCUUUCUAUCCAAUGAUUUGUCCUUACAUUAAAUCUGUAGCAAUGAAUAUAGAUUUAAUUGAGCUUUUAGUUGAGUUCUCUUAAGAAAGGGAACGUAAGGAAGUAAAAAGCAGCAGUUGCUGCCCAAAGUCCCCAAAUCACUUUUUGGUUUUGCACUGUAUUUUCUACUUAUCACUGAAUAUCAGUGACCCCGGUCACGCUGGAUUCAUAGUUGGAACAGAACAGCCCUAACUGGGACACAGCCAGCACUAGUCUAGAGCCGCCCUUUUUCUCUGCAGUUUUGCUUCACUGUUUCCCUGCAUUAGAAGUGCUGACUGGGAGAGCUCUGGGUGUAUCAGACCCUUCAGGCGUGUUAAUAGUGUGAACUGAAUAUACUGACUACCUGCUCUGUUUAAUUAUGUUAAGAAACCGAACUAAUCAGCAGUUGCGAAACACCUGCUUUUAUUGCGUGUGAGGCUCUGCCUCCUGGCCUAUAGAUAAUUAAGAUCUAGAGAAUAUAUCAUCAGAGAAGUGCUAAUUGUAUUUGGGUGUUACAAAAACAGGCCUAGAUAAGCUGUUCACUUAAAUGGUACCUUUUGGUCAGAAAAAGAAUUUAUUUAAAGAUUGUGAUCAUGUAAAAUUACUCAAACCUUCUAGCAAAAAUAUUUUUUUGAAAAAUAAACUAAAUACCUUUAUAAA